UUUGUAUGAAAACAACAUUAACCACAUCCAAGCAAUCGAACAAUGUUUAAAUCUCAAAAUAAAGAAGUAACGACGAAAUUCCAAAAUGGACGUAGCAGCUUUUCCUCCCAAACAACCCCGCCAAGAAGCACAUCAACAGCAACUUGUAAAGCCAAGUGUGCCAAAAUAACAGCUAGAGUAAGAUUGCAGCCAUCUGCAAAUCAGUCCAAUGCAAAGAAGGUGGAGCCAAAGUCAACGCAGCACUCAGCCAAACCCGAUCAACAAAAUACACAAAAGUUGCUGAACAAAUCCCCGCCUUCAACUGGACGUAACGUCCAAUUGAAUUCCAAGCUAGGUGGCUCAGCAUCAAAUGGCCGUAAGGGAACUGUUACAGUUAACAAACAUUCUCGUCCCUUUGUGUCCACCACUCGCGUCUUUCGACCUUCCUCCUCCAAAAUCUUCGAUUAUGAUCUAUCCCGGGAAGAGAAACGCCACUUUGUUGACUGCCGCAAUCCCAUGAAGUCUGUACCAAAUGAUGAGCUGCAGUUGCUACGGAAUGGACAUCGUGUCACAUACUUAGAGACGCGCUAUGACCGCUCCCCAGAUAAAAGAUACAACUAUCCCGAAGCAACCAGCUGGCGCUAUGGUUGGUUCCAUCGUACCGGUGUAUAAGCAUUAACUAUAAUUGGUAACUCAAUAGAGCUUUUUAACAUUGAUAAAUAAAUUACAGUUUCCAAGGA